UGCAAGCAGACCUCCAAGUCGUCGCAGGACGAAAAUGUCUCUUAUGAUUUGGAGAUCUCUACAGGACUCAUUCUCCGGGCACGUUCUGGACUUUAAAUUCCAUCCAGGCGAGGUCAAGUAGAGGACAGCUUGCCGAUGCUCUUUUUUUUCCUAAAUUUAUCUGAAUUGUGAUCGCUUCAGUGUAUCUUCGAGGAAACUACUGUAGGCAAUCUGCGCUAGACCGUUUUUUCUUUAGGUGCAUUUCAGAUUGUCCCGCCUCUUUGAAUAUUUACAAACCCAAACACAGCCAAAGAAUAUCCUCCACGUUCUUGUAUGUUUCGCAACAUAUCCAAGAUGGCAGAAACAGCAGCAAAGAGACUCAAGACCUCUCCCGUCACUAUCGGCACUCAUAAUGGCCACUUCCAUGCCGAUGAAGCUCUAGCAGUCUAUAUGCUGCGCCUUCUUCCCACCUACCACUCCUCCCAACUCGUUCGCACUCGAGAUCCAGCUCUUCUCCAGACCUGCCACACCGUUGUCGACGUAGGUGGAGAGUAUGAUGCAUCUGCCAAUCGGUAUGAUCACCAUCAGCGCACCUUCGAUACCACGUUUCCCAAUCGUCCAACCAAGCUCUCGUCUGCCGGCUUAGUCUACAUGCACUUUGGCAAAGCAAUUAUCGCACAACAUCUGGGCGUCCCUGAAGAAGCGAAGGAGGUUGACAUCAUCUGGGGAAAGAUCUACGAGAGUUUCAUCGAAGCUCUGGAUGCGCAUGACAAUGGCAUUUCAGCUUAUGAUACGAAAGCUAUCAAAGCAGCUGGGAUUGAGAAGAAGUUCAGUGAUGGUGGAUUUUCUCUGGGAGCAAUGGUAUCAAGACUGAAUCCAAACUGGAAUGACCCUACUCCUUCGGAUCCUGUCGAGGCACAGAAGGUUGAGGACGAGAAGUUCUUGGUUGCCAGCACGAGAAUGGGCGAAGAGUUCUCUAGGGACUUGGACUACUACACCAGAUCGUGGUUGCCAGCCAGAGAUAUUGUGCAUGCUGCUUACGCGAAGCGAUUAGAGUACGACCCGAAGGGCAGAAUCUUGGUGUUUGACGGCCAAUCUGUACCAUGGAAGGACCAUCUCUACACUUUGGAGGCUGAGGAAGGCGGUGAAGCUCAGGUUCUCUAUGUUUUGUACCCAGAGAAGCCAACGCCGGAUGCUAAGUGGAGAAUCCAAUGUGUUCCAGUCAGCAAGGACUCAUUCGAGAGCAGAAAGCCGUUGCCAGAAGCUUGGAGAGGAUUCCGAGAUGAGAAAUUGGAUGAGGUUGCUGGCGUCAUUGGAGGUGUCUUUGUUCAUGCCGCUGGAUUCAUUGGUGGAAACAAGACAUUUGAUGGCGCAAAAGCCAUGACUUUGAAGUCUCUAGACCUGUAAACUGCUAAAUAGAGUUGCAUUGCACGGCGUUGGGGAGGGGAAAAGUUACGGCCACACGAGUCAUGAUAUCACUCUGCGAACAUUCACAGAACGAAAAAAGCAAUGAACAAAUCUACA